AUGGCUUUAAACGCGCGCCGCUCUCCCGGGCCCGUCCCGCCGCGGGCCCCUCACGGCAGAGCGGGAAAGGGGCGGUGGGCGGAGCGCGCGGGGCCGCCCUCUCCUUCCGGCAGGGGCAGAGCCAGUGCGGCCUCCCCCAAGAUGGAGGGCUGGCGAGGAGCCUGGUAUGUGCCAUGUCUAGCUUCACUUGAGACCCUCCAAGAAUUAUGUAGGAAGGAAAAUCUCACAUGUAAAUCCAUUGGAAUCACCAACAAGAGUCUAAAGAGUUAUGAGGUGGAAUAUUUGUGUGACUACAAGGUAGAAGAGGGCAAAGCAUACUAUCUUGUGAAAUGGAAAGGAUGGCCAGAAUCUUCAAAUACUUGGGAACCUCGGAAACAUCUGAACUGCCCUCUGCUUAUUGAGAACUUUCUUAAAGACAAGAAUGAAUACUUGUCUAGAAGGAGAGAAGGCAAAGCAAUGAAAGUGAGAAACCAUGUUAAAACUUUGAAACCUGCAAUUGCAGAUUAUGUUGUAAAGAAGGCUAAACAAAGAAUAGCUCUGCAGAGGUGGAAAGAAGAACUCAACAGGAAAAAGAAUCACAAAGCGAUGAUUCUGGUAGAAAACACUGUGGAUCUUGAAGGCCCUCCUUUAGAUUUCUACUACAUAAAUGAGUAUAAACCUGCUCCAGGAAUAAAUGUGCUCAAUGGAAUAACAACUGGCUGUGAAUGUGCUGACUGCCCUGCUGAGAAGUGCUGUCCAAAGGAGGCUGGGUUUAUUUUGGCAUACAAUAAACGUAAGAAAUUGAAAAUCCAGCCUGGUUUGCCCAUCUAUGAGUGCAAUUCAUAUUGUAGGUGUGGGCCGGACUGCCUGAAUAGGAUUGUACAGAAAGGGACCCCAUAUUCCCUCUGCAUCUUCAGAACCAACAAUGGCCGUGGCUGGGGAGUAAAAACCCUCCAGAAAAUUAAAACCAACAGUUUUGUGAUGGAGUAUGUUGGAGAGGUAGGUUUCUUUUUUCCUUUUUUUUUUCCCUUUUUCCAGGUGAUUACAAGUGAGGAAGCAGAGAGGCGAGGCCAACUCUAUGACAACCAGGGAAAUACAUACUUGUUUGAUUUGGACUAUGACUCAGAUGAAUUUACAGUAGAUGCAGCUCGAUAUGGAAAUGUGUCCCAUUUUGUGAACCACAGUUGUGAUCCAAAUCUUCAAGUCUUCAACGUAUUUAUUGAUAACCUCGACUUACGUCUUCCUCGAAUAGCGCUGUUCUCUACCCGAACCAUCAAGGCUGGAGAAGAGCUAACCUUUGACUAUCAGAUGAAAGGUUCAAUAGAUCUGACUUCAGACUCUGCUGAAGGUCUUAGCCCAUCCAAAAAGAGGAUCAGAACUGUCUGUAAAUGUGGAGCUGUGUGUUGCAGAGGUUAUCUCAACUGAGUUCGGGUAUCCAAAGUCACAAAUAGUUUGUUCUUUUUUUAAUGUGUUUUAAGAAGACUCUCCUUUCACGUAUACAUUCAAGUAUUCUUACAUCUAAUGUAAAUAAGGAUGGUGAAAACAAGCUAUUGUGUAAUUGAAAUGGCAUUGGCCAAAGAAAGAGACUGUAGUGUUUCAAGCCAAUAUAAAACUGAUAAUGGGGGAUUAAAAAUUCAAUAUUCUUGAGCAGUUGUUUAGGAAACCAUAAAAUGUAUGCAAAGAAAACUCUAAAACGUACUUUGAUUUGGGUAUUCUUAGAAUCACAGAAUAAGCUGGUUUGGAAGGGACCCUCAAGGGUCAUCAUGUCCAUCUCUUUGUCCUGCACAGGACAUCCCCAAGAGUCACACCCUGUGCUGAGAGCAGAGUCCAAACACUUCUUAAACUCUGCCAGUCUUGAUGCAGUAACCACACCCCUGGGGAGCCUGUUCCAGUGCCCAACCACCCUUUGGGUGAAAAACUUUUUCCUAAUAUCCAACCUAAACCUCCAUGACUCAGCUUCAGGCUGUUUCCUCAAGUCUUGUCACUGGUCACCAGAGUGAACAGAUAGGUUCCUGCCCCUCUGCUUCCCCUUGUGAGGAUGUUGAAGAGCUCAGUGAGGUCUCCCCUCAGCCUCAACUUCUGCAGGCUGAACAGACUGACUUCAGCUCCUCCUCAUGAAGUUUCCCUUCAGAACCUUCACCAUCCUUGUGGCCUCCUUUAGAUGCCCUCUAAUGUUUCAAUGUCUUUUUUUAUAUUGUGGUGCCCAAAACUGACCCUAGCACUUGAGAUGAGGCCACCUCAGGGCAGAGAAGAGCAGGAUGAUCCCCUCCCUUGCCUGGCUGCUGAUGCUGUGUCUGAUGCUCCCCAGGACAGGGUUGGCCCACUUGCCUGCCAGGGCAUUGCUGACCCAUGUUCAUUGUCACAGACAUUUGAGUGUGAGCUCUCAGCCAUAGGCCUUCAGGAACUGAUUCCAGCAGGAUGAAGUGAUGCUACAUGUUUUCUACACCUUGAGAAGUCAGGAGGCAUUAUAUUUGAAUGGUAAAUCUUAGUUGGCACUUCUUUUGCUUUUUUGUUAUAUAAAGAAAAGCUUGAAGAUCUUAGCAAUAACAGUUAUGGCACCAGGAUGAGGGAUUAAGGAGAGCCAGUGUGUAAAUAAAGGCUCAGAAGAGUGCGAAUUGUAAAAUGUCCAUGGAACUCCAUGAAAGGGAAGUAAUUGCAGAAAGAAAACUAGAGAGACAAAAGCUCAAUUAAAACUUAACCUGGCCACUUCUUUAAAGCAUGUAAAAUGUUUUUAAGAUACAUUAAUAGCAAAGGAAGGGGCAAGGAAAACCUCCAUUCUUUAUUGGACAUGGUUGGGGAAUAUGGUUGACAAAGAUGGGGAAAAGGCUGAGGUACCUAACACCUCCUUUGCCUCAGUUUUCAACGUUAAGACAGCUCUUCUGUCCUCAGGGCAGCUGACUCCUGAGCUGAUAGACAGGCAUGGGGAGUAGGAUAGUUCCCCUAUAAUCCAGGAGGAAGUGGUUAGAGACCUGCUGAGUCACUUAGAUGCUCUUGAGUCCAUGGGACCAGAUGGGAUCCAUCUUUGGGUGAUAAGGGAGCUGGCAGAUGAGUUCACCAAGCCACUCCAUCAUUUACCUGGAGAAAAGGAGGCCCAGGGCUGACCUUACCGUUCUCUGCAACUCCCUGAUAGGAGGGUGUAGCCAGGUGAGGGUCAGUCUCCCAGGGAACCAGCAAUAGGAUGAGGAAACAUAGCCUCAAGCUGGUUAGGUUGGACAUAAGGAAAAAUUUCUUCACAGAAGGGAUGAUUGGACACUGGAAUGGGCUGCUCAGAGAGGAGCAUCCUGAAGGUGUUUAAAAAAAGCAUAGACAUGGCACUCAGUGCCAUAGGCUGGUUGACAAAGUGGUAUUUGGUCAUAGGUUGGACUUGAUGAUCUCAAAAGUGUUUUCCAGCCUAAUUGAAUUCUGUAAUUGGUAUUAACAGAUCCCAAAUGUGAAACUUGAUCUUCUUAGCUGAUGUUAUGUACAGCUUUUUCAGUUGUUAUGCUCUGAUUUUUAGUUAGGAUUCUAUAGGAGGACUGCAGUUCCACAGAGCAUUUUUAAAUGUGGAAUUGUUGGAAGUAACAUUCACUGUUUGUUUUCAUUGCAGAAAUUUGGCAGUCGUGGCUGAACCAAGUUGCUGGCUACAGUUUGGAAAUAGCUAGCAAAAGGUUAAGGAGGGCAGCCCAUUGUCUAACAAAGCCAAUGCAUUCUGGAGAUAAGCUCUGUUAUCUGUUAGGUGCAAAAGAGCCCUGGGAUUGAUGUAAAUUCACAACUGGUUUUGGUUAAAUUUUUACAUACUGUGUCUUUUUUACCUAGUGACAGACUUCUAAGAUACUAGGCCUGUAUUUUCUGGUUGCAAAAAUGUUAACUUCAGUGAAGUUAGUCUAGGGGUGAGAAUACCCAUUUGCUGUAGACAUUUGUAAGAUGUUCUUGUAUGUAAAGGCUGAGAAAUGUGCUGUUCUUCAGCUGCUUGAGUCCUUUUUUUUCCCUGAUCAUCUUAAAGUUGUCUCAAUCUAUUCAUAACAUAUGCUAAGUUUUGCUUGUCUUCAGAACCACAGAAGAGCAGUUGAGGUAGGUGAUGAGUGGAGUUACAACCAAGGUCCAUGCUCUAGGGAUGAUCCACGUGCUUUUUUCUCACAGACUCAGAGCUUGUAAAACUUGCAUAUUGCUUACCAGUCCUGUAAAUGUUGACAGGGUCAGGCAGAACUAUGUUGCUCCAUUAAUGGAUGCUCCAUAGCUAGAUGCUGGCUAUGUAUCAUAGGUCAGCUAGUUACCUUUAUAAGGUGCACAGCUGUUGGCUCAGGUGAAUGAAGUCAAGUACCCAGCAUGUAACUGUUUACUUAAUUUGUUAGAAAAUGCCUUAAAUUCCAUGUUAAUUACUAGCACUUCAAAAAGAGGUUAUUCCUUAAGAAGCACAGUUGCAUUUGUACUGAAGAUCUGGCGCUUUGGUAGCAAAUGAUAUUUUAUAUGCUACUAGCCAAAAUCAAUUUUACACUUUUGGUGAAGAGCAUGGGCCACUGGAAAUGCUGUGUGAGUUUUGUAAUCUACAAUACACGUUGAAAUAGAGACUAUAUUGCUUAAUGAAUAGGAGAAAGUUUGCUUAGAUUUAAAAAUAUUUAAUGUGAUUUGGCUCACCUGUAUCCACGCAGUUGAUAAACACUGAAUGUUGUCAGUUUUUGUCAUGCCAUAUCUCUAAUGUUUGUUUUUUUUAAUUUGAAGUUUUAAGUGGAAUGUGGAGCUUUAAUGUCAGCAAACUCUAGAUGAUCUUGCAUCAUUUGGAGUCAUUAGUGCUUUCUCUUGCAUGUAGCUCAAAUGAGCAGUGCAUUCCAUGUGGAUGGAAUCUGCAGUCUCCAGCUCCUUAAUCCGCUGCAGCCUGCGCUGCCCCCGCAGGAUGGAGUGGCUGCAGCAAGAGACCAUUCCUGAGUGCAGCCCCAGGCUCCUCUUUCUCCCCCUGCCCAGAUUGAUUUAAAUAUUGCAACUUGAUGCAUUUUAGAAGGUAACAGUUGUGGCAGUUGUACUGGAGUGCAGUGUCUGCCUUUUCCAGAGGCAGAGAAUAUCACCAGCACUGGACUAACACUGCUCUUUGUUAAGGAUCUGUGUGUUAUCUUCUGCCAUAAAUAAAGAACCAUUAAUUUAUGUUCUGGGAGGUAGCAGUAUUUUGUAUUUAUUUGAAGGAAACCCAUGGAUCCAGUUUCCAACAUAAGAGCCUUGAACAGUAUUUUAUAUUUACAUAUCCUUAGUGUAUUUGGAUUGCAGUCAGUGAAUUAGCUUAAUGGGACACUGUGUCACUUUUAAAACUCCUUUUACUGUUUGUAAGAGUUUGGCAGAAAAUUGCCAAACUGGAAAUGGAUUUAAAAAACAAGAAAAGAUGUUUUCAAUUUCUUAGGGAAGCUAAACUAGCCCAGCUUCUGCCUUUGUUUUGCUUUGUGGUCUGUUGGCAUUGUCAUGGCCACCAGUUCAGUUGUGUGUAUGCACUUCCUGGGGGCUGGUGACCUGUGACCUGUCCUCCAGCUGUUCUUUUUUUGUUGGUUUCCUUUUUACUUUCUGGUAGCAAAACUGAAGCUGCAAGAUCACCUGUAAGAAAAGCUAUUGUCUAUUUAAUCUCCAAGUUAAGUCAAUCUUUUGGUUAUUUUUAAUGUAUGUUUUAGAAACUGUAUUAGAAUAUGCAGUUUGUGAGCUCAGGAACAUUUUCUUUUCAUACUGUGUCAUCUCUAGUAUUGCUAUCUUCCUAUAGUUUUUGAUAAAAUAAAUUAAAUUUAGUUUUUA